AUGUGUGGUUAUGUUACAGACACCGUGGUUUCUUCUUCCGACACAGGAGUAUCGGACACAGUGGACCCUAUGGCAGUUGUGUCAGACGAUGAGGUACCAUCAGAGGGAGACGUAUACACGUCAGACACCACGAGUACAGAUGACGAUGAUUUCCAGCCGUUCGCUCUGCCAGACAUCGGAGUUCAGAUACAGCCUGCUGAUGGCAUUCCUGCUGGGGAUCUACCUCUUGCGGUGAUCCCUGCUCCCAUUCCGCUUGCUGCUUUCCCCGUGGUGGAUGCGCCACUCGAUGUCGUAUCUGAUGACGACAUUGAUCUGUUCGAGGAGGGUCCGCCUGAGGACGACUAUGAGGGCGGGGCCCCGAUCGAUGUUGAUGUUGUCCUUCCUGUUGCUGAGGCCCCUGUAGAGGAGGCCCCUUUUGGUUCACCUGUCCCAGACUCGUUGGAGUCUAUGGCAUCCGCGUCCCUGCACGACCAGGGUGUGCAGCAUCACUCCCCUGACGCCGACCCUGACGUGGCGAUGUCAGCUGCACCUGGUCCGUCACACGAGUUUGAGUUUGACCAUGAGGACAUCGAGUUUAUUCACAUGGACAAGCCCUUAGAGGCGCCCGUAGCUCCUAUUGAUCCGUUGUUUGACAUCCCUGCCGAUUUUGACAUGGACCUUGUUGACCCUAAGCCUGUCAUGGCCCCCGAGCCAGUUGUUGCUCCUGAUCCUGCACCAGAGCACGACCCUGUUCUUGAUGAUGCACCAGCUCUUGCACCACCCAUUGUUGAUCUUCCCGUUGUUGCUCCACCAGUGGUGGAUGAUCCUGUUAUUGAUGCACCUAUACCUGAUCCCGUGCCGGUAUUGGUUGACCGUGCACCUUUCGCCGCUCACAUAGAUCCUCGUUAUGCUGACACCCGCAACGGGUGGAUCGAUGAUGAUGACGAUUACCCACCGUUUGUGCUACCUGUCACUCCUCCAAUAGCACCUGUUUCUGCACCCACUGAUAUUCCAUUGUUUCACCCACACACCACUGAUGUUCAUCGCACCGAUCUUCCCAUUACGCUCCUCCAGGACAUACCCCCACCUCGUCCUGGAGAGGGUUCAUCGAGGCAGCCGCCUGUUUCAGUUCCACCUGUACUGUCAUCACCUUUUCCGUUUCUGUCAUAG